AUGCGUUACGUUUGCCGACGUCACAUCGAGCAAGCAUUCAAUCGCCAAAUGCGCGGCUUUCGAGUGCUAGCAGUUGAAGAGAUAAUUUCGAUUUUCCUACAAAAACCGAACAUGAAUAGCGACGGAAAAUACGUGCGGGCUCCGGUACUUCUGAGUGAAUCGGAAGACUCCAAUGAUUCGUUUCCUGGUGAAACAGAAAAAGCUAUUGCCGAUGACGAUAGCGUAUAUUCAAGUGAACCAUAUCAAGCGGAAUCUCUGGAUGGAGAAGCUGUCGAGCUCGAUGUCGUGGAACGCAACACCAACCGUAACCAAGGUAACACAGAGGACGUAGAAGAAAUGCGAAAGGAGAACCUAGAGUACAGGCGCAGAAUAGACCAGAUGCAAAAUACAUUGGAUAAGCUCAUGAACGAGAAGCGGUCAAAUCAAUCUCAGGACACCACCGGCUCAAUGACCCGCGAAAUCGAUGAAAGUUGGAAUAAUGGGGACGCAUUUGCAGUGCCAUCGACGAGCACGGGCGGCAUACGUUGGGAGCAUAUUCAGCCCUUUCCAAACGAUGUACCAGCGAAUAUGAUGUGGGAGCAAUGGAAUCGGUUCAUUGAUCGUUUCGAGAUUGCUGCCUCUAUCUCGAACGUCAACGACCCUAUCAAACGCUCACAGAUACUGUAUCUAUCCAUGGGUGAAAAGCUUCAGGGAAUAGCACGAGCCGCUAGACUUCGUCCGAAUCUUAAAGAUCCGAACUGUUACAAAAUAUUCGUAAGAAACAUUGAAACAUACCUGCAAUCGAUGGUCGAUAUUACAGCGGAACAUGAAAUGUUCUCCAAUUUGAAACAGGAUCCGGACGAGCCUGCUUUAACUUUUCACGCUCGUUUAAUGGAAAAGGUUAGGCUUUGUAGGUACAGCAGUACAGAUGAAGAUCGUUUUGUGAGGAUGCAGCUGCUUAAGGGCAUGCGGAAUAGAGAGUUGGCCAGAACAGCAAGAACGUUUGGAUAUGAAACAACAUUCAUCGUUCAAUCGGCUACACGUGAAGAGGCAUAUGCUGCUGGAACAGUUCAAGCUAGAUCCGCGGAUGCCUUUGCGGUGGCGAAAGACCGACAACGUCGCCACAUACCUUCUGAUGGAGUGCCCAAUACACGCCGGCAUGACGCCGUUAACGAUAGGCAAUUCCGCCCUAAACGGCAACGUGAAUCUGAUGACACAAGUUACUAUGGACGUGGACGCCGCUCUCGUUGUCCGAAGUGUUUCCUUUUAUUUCAUAAGUUCGGAUCAUGUCCAGCAUUCGAUCGGAACUGUAAAGCUUGUGGCGAGCGGGGUCACUUCGCGGCCGCAUGCCGGAAGAAGAAUGCCAACACUAUCCAGCUUAAACGUGAUCUUCCAACAGGUUGGGAAGACGAAGAUAAGACAAAGCAAGUAAAUGCACUGACUCUGGAACAAGCGCUCAUUGAUUGCCAAAUAGGAUAUUCAACUCCAAUUCGGUUUCUCAUAGACUCUGGAGCGGACGCAAAUAUUAUUGGUGGAAAGGAUUGGUCUAAAUUGAAAGAGGAAUUUUCAUCAGGAUGCGCCGACCUUGAGCCCAUGGAGUUAUCAUUUAAUAAUGAUCUACGAUCGUAUGCUUCAUCAAAUCCAAUUUCAGUUAAAUGCGCAUUUAGAGCUGAAAUUCGGGUAGUUGGAUGUCCGAAACCAUCGAUGAGGGCAGAAUUUCUUGUCGUUCCCGAAGGACGCCGUUCGUUGUUAGGUCGCUCUACAGCAAGCGACAUGAAUCUGUUGAAGAUUGGCGUUUCCGUGAACAAUUGCGAAUCAUUAAAAAAGGACCAUUUAUUCCAGAAGGUUUUCAAUGUUCUAGUAAAAUUCAGCGUUGAUAAGUCGAUACCCCCAGUAAGAAAUGCUUACUACAAUGUACCUGCAGCGUACAGGGAAAGUGCGAGAAAGAGACUCCAAGACAUGGAAACCCAAGGUAUCAUUGAACGAAUAACAACAGCUCCCAAUUGGAUCAGCGGUGUGUCGGCUGUUGCUAAAGGUAAGAAUGAUUUCCGGCUGGUACCUAAGGCUGGUACCUGA